AUGGCAGCCAUUGGAUCUCUCGUUUUCUGCACAGACUGUGGUAAUCUCCUUGACGGCAGUGCCGGCAAACAAAAUGCGAUCCUACUCUGCGCGGUGUGUGGCGCGUCUUGCAAAGACACUUCCUCCAAAGUUAUCGUGACCCAAUCGAAGCCCGACGCAUUCCCUUCGCCACUUCGCGCAAAGAAGUCGGAGGUACAAACCAUCAACGAGGACGACAUGCAGACCAAUGCUGUUAUCGACGAACCGUGCCAAAAGUGCGGCAACCCACAAGUGCGCUUCUAUACACAACAACUCCGCAGUGCAGACGAAGGCUCUACUGUGUUUUACGAAUGCGAGAAAUGUGGGCAUAAAUGGAAUACAAAUAAUUGA